AUGAAGUUGAACAUUUCCUACCCGGCCAAUGGGUCGCAGAAACUGAUCGAGGUCGAGGAUGAGCGCAAGCUGCGUAUCUUCCAGGAGAAGCGUAUGGGCAAUGAAGUGCCAGCCGAUAGUCUAGGCGAUGAGUGGAAGGGCUAUAUCGUACGCAUCACUGGUGGCAAUGACAAGCAAGGCUUUCCCAUGAAGCAGGGUGUCUUACUCCCCACCCGUGUCAAACUCCUCCUCUCCGACGGCCACUCCUGCUACCGACCUCGCCGAACCGGUGAGCGCAAGCGAAAGUCUGUUCGUGGCUCCAUCGUCGCCAACGACCUUUCCGUCCUUGCCCUCUCCAUCGUCAAGCAAGGCGAGAGUGACAUUCCCGGUCUGACCGAUGUGGUCAACCCCAAGAGACUUGGACCCAAGCGUGCUACAAAGAUCCGUCGAUUCUUCGGCCUGACCAAGCAAGAUGAUGUCCGCAAAUUCGUUAUUCGACGUGAGGUCAUCCCCAAGAAGGAAGGUGCAAAACCCUACACCAAGGCCCCUAAGAUCCAGAGACUCGUCACCCCUCAACGCAUGCAACACAAGAGACACCGAAUUGCCAUCAAGAGAAGACGUGCGGAAGCCGCCAAGGAUGCUGCGAACGAGUACGCUCAGCUGUUGGCUAAGCGUGUGCACGAGGAGCGUGAGAAGAGAACCGAGCUCAGAAAGAGACGUGCUUCAUCUCUCAGAAAGUAA